AUGUCAGAGAAGGACAAGAAGGCACCUUACGAUACUGGACCACCUUUUUUCUACUAUGAAAAUGUGGACCAAGCUCCAAGACGUGUAUGGAUGACCAUUUCAAGAUCUCUGUAUGAUAUUCAACCUGAGUUUGUGUGUUCUAAGCAUUUGUGUCAUUUGUAUGUAGCAGCAAGGAAAAGAGGCUACAUCCAUAAUUUGCCAACUAAGAAUAGAGAACCUCUUCUUCAUCUGCCUCCAAAGGCCAUAUUUGAGGCAUUCCCUCAUUACAAGAAGAGGUGGCCUUCUUGGGACUCUAGAGCGGAGCUCAACUGCUUGCGAACAAGUGCGGCAAGUGCAAAGUUGACAAAAUGGUUCAAGUGUGCUCUUUGCAGCAUAGGCGGUCCACCAACUCGAAGUGCUAAAAAAUAUGUCAUCAAUCAGUGCAGAAAGGAGAGUCUUGUCUGGGUUGGAAAGAAUAAAGUCGCUCCAUUGGAUCCUCAAGAGAUUGAAUACCUAUUAGGUUUCCCUAAGGAACACACAAGGGGACGACAACACAUCCCAAGUAGAUACUGUUGCUUACCACUUGUUAAUAUAUUGAUUGGAGAUUUUGUACAAGGGAUUUCAAAGAAGGACAAGAAGAUCAACUCAUUAGUAGAUAAUAGGCUUUUUUCAAGAUGA